AUGGAUGGAAAUGCGAAGUAUUACGAGGGCUGUGGACAGGAAGGGCCCAUUCGUUGUAUAUUUUUGUGUGAAUUUCAUCCUACAGCUGGACCGAAGAUCACCUGCCAAGUUCCAGAAAAUUAUAUAUCAAAAGAUAUUUUCGACACCGUUAGUCAUUAUAUUAUACCGAAAGUGCAAUUGCAGAGAUGCACACUGACUGUAACCCUUCUUGGCUCAAAAAUACUGGGAUUUCCUGUAAGAAUAGAUAACAAGAAGUAUGCAAGAAAUGCGUACUAUUUCAAUCUUUGUUUUGUCUGUGAUGCAUGGGCAAGGACUGUGCAUCUUGAGCCAUUGGUCAAGAAACUCACAGAAUAUUUACUAUCCAUGGAAUUGGAGACUGAGUGGUUAUCGAAGCAGUCAAAAUCUGGUGAUGCCAAAGAUCUUGGUGGUUUAAUGAGACAGGUGAUGCAGGAUAUCAACUGCAGAAGAAUGUGUACUUUGACUGUCGGCACGACCACCACGCACCUGACCGUGGUGAGGGUGAACAGUGACCCCGCGCCGGUUAAAGACCACCAGGUGCCCGUGUUCCUCUACAGCAGACAGUCCUUCGUGGCGGACCAGUGGGAUCUCACCACCAACCAGAGGCAUAAUAGACCAGCACUGGCUUUCGUAAAAGACGGCUUAAAGGGUAAAGUGGUUCUACGGAUGCCCGGGUUCGGUGCCCUGACCGUCUACUUCAGAACCGGUGGGCUAGCCAGACCUAACGGUUUGGGCCCUCCGCUGUGGGAAGGGCCGCGCAUGUGCUCAUGCGGCAAG